AUGCCCCGAGACAACAUGGCCUCCCUGAUCCAACGGAUCGCCCGCCAGGCGUGUCUCACCUUCCGGGGCAGCGGGGGCUGCCGCAGCGCUUCCGACCACGGCGCGGCGCCGGGCUACGAGGCCCCUAUGCCUCAGGGCUUCCCGGAGAACCUGAGCAAGCUGAAGAACCUGCUGACCCAAGUCCGCGCGGAGGACCUGAACAUCGCCCCGCGCAAGGCCACGGUGCAGCCGUUGCCGCCCAACCUACCACCGGUCACCUAUAUGCACAUUUACGAAACCGACGGCUUCAGCCUCGGCGUGUUCCUGCUCAAGAGCGGCACGUCCAUUCCGCUUCAUGACCACCCGGGCAUGCACGGCAUGCUCAAGGUGCUCUACGGCACCGUGCGCAUCAGCUGCAUGGACAAGCUGGAGGCGGGCGGCGGGCAGCGGCCACGGGCCCCGCCGCCAGAGCAGCAGUUCGAGCCGCCGCUCAAAGCCCGGGAGCGGGACGCCGUGCGGCUGGGCGUGCUGCGCUCGAGGGCCGAGUACACCGAGGCCAGCGGCCCCUGCGUCCUCACCCCACACCAGGACAACCUGCACCAGAUCGACGCUGUGGACGGGCCCGCCGCCUUCCUGGACAUUCUGGCCCCGCCCUAUGACCCGGACGAUGGCCGGGACUGCCACUAUUACCGGGUGCUGGAGCCUGUCAGGGACAAGGAGCUCUCCGGCUCGGCCUGCGACCUGCCCAAAGAGGUGUGGCUCCUGGAGACCCCUCAAGCCGAUGACUUCUGGUGCGAGGGGGAGCCCUAUCCAGGUCCCAAGGUCUUCCCUUGA